CCCUAGAGAGGGGACUGAGCGGCGGGGACCUGCGUAGGGACGCCCGGCCACCCGGUGCGCGCGCGCUUUCUCUUUUCUUCUGCUCUCUCCCGCCGCUCGGCUGCUCGGACUUUGGUUCGGCUCCUUUCGUCCUCCCCCUCGCAGCGGGCUCCCCCACCCCGCCCUGUUUCUCCCCCACUUGUGUAAGCUAUUUGUUGGGGGUGGCCGAAAGGGAUGUCCUGUUUUUACCAGAGACACAGCGCGAAGGGAAAACUUAGACACUGGAAAGAAAGCGAGUAAAUACGUAGAUCGGACCUGCAGAUCACUGGACUGGGACAGACAAUUGAACUUCGGGAGUACAAGGCGGUCCGGGCCGCCAGAGAUAGUCAAGUUUGAAUCCAAGGAAGCUGCUUCUGCGUGGGAGUGGCAAGAGAAGUUAGAGAACCACAUGGAAGACACCCAGGACCUAAAUGAGCAAUCCGUAAAGAAAACGUGCCCAGAAUCAGAUGUUUCAGAACCUCAGAAUUCCAGGUCUAUGGAAAUGCAAGACCUAGCAAGUCCCCAUGCCUUGGUUGGAGGCAGUGAUACACCUGGGAACUCCAAGCUCGAUAAAUCUGGUCUCAGCAGCACUUCAGUCACAACAAAUGGAACAGGAGUAAUAACAAGCAGCGGCUAUAGCCCCAGAUCGGCACAUCAAUACUCGGCACAGCUGUACCCCUCCAAGCCCUAUCCACACAUUCUUUCUACACCAGCAGCUCAAACAAUGUCGGCCUAUGCGGGCCAGACUCAGUAUUCUGGGAUGCAGCAGCCGGCCGUCUACACAGCCUACUCGCAGACAGGGCAGCCCUACAGCCUGCCUGCCUACGAUCUUGGUGUGAUGUUGCCAGCCAUCAAGACGGAAAGUGGGCUUUCCCAAACUCAGUCCCCGUUACAGAGUGGCUGCCUGAGCUACAGCCCUGGGUUUUCUACCCCACAGCCAGGCCAAACACCUUACUCUUACCAAAUGCCAGGUUCCAGCUUUGCACCAUCUUCUACUAUUUAUGCAAAUAAUUCCGUUUCUAAUUCAACAAACUUCAGCAGCUCACAGCAGGAUUACCCAUCCUACACAGCCUUUGGCCAAAACCAAUAUGCUCAGUAUUACUCGGCAUCAACCUAUGGGGCAUACAUGACAUCAAACAACACAGCUGACGGCACAUCAUCGUCAACCUCGACUUAUCAGCUGCAGGAAUCUCUCCAAGGACUGACUAGCCAACCAGGAGAGUUUGAUACAGUGCAGAGUCCCUCCACACCAAUCAAAGAUCUCGACGACAGAACAUGUAGAAGUUCUGGGUCAAAGUCUCGAGGGAGAGGCCGGAAAAAUAAUCCCUCCCCACCUCCGGACAGCGACCUAGAGCGUGUGUUUGUCUGGGACUUGGAUGAAACCAUCAUCGUCUUCCACUCUCUCCUCACAGGCUCUUACGCACAGAAGUAUGGCAAGGAUCCCCCAAUGGCUGUGACCCUCGGGCUCCGGAUGGAAGAAAUGAUCUUUAAUCUUGCAGAUACACAUUUGUUUUUUAAUGACUUAGAGGAGUGUGAUCAAGUCCACAUAGAUGAUGUUUCCUCCGAUGACAAUGGUCAGGACUUAAGUACCUACAGUUUUGCAACUGAUGGCUUCCAUGCAGCUGCAAGUAGUGCGAACCUUUGUUUGCCAACAGGUGUGAGAGGAGGAGUGGACUGGAUGAGGAAGCUGGCUUUUCGUUACAGAAGAGUAAAGGAAUUAUAUAACACCUACAAGAACAAUGUUGGAGGACUCCUUGGCCCUGCUAAAAGGGAUGCAUGGCUGCAGUUAAGGGCAGAGAUCGAAGGCCUAACAGAUUCCUGGCUGACGAACGCACUUAAGUCUUUAUCAAUUAUUAGUACUAGGAGUAACUGUGUAAAUGUCUUGGUAACGACCACCCAGCUGAUUCCUGCUCUUGCGAAAGUCCUGCUCUACAGCCUAGGAGGUGCUUUCCCCAUUGAGAACAUUUACAGCGCAACGAAAAUAGGCAAGGAAAGCUGUUUUGAGCGUAUAGUGUCCAGAUUUGGCACUAACAUGACUUACGUUGUGAUUGGAGAUGGCCGGGAUGAGGAACAUGCUGCUAUCCAGCACAACAUGCCCUUUUGGAGGAUAUCAAGCCACUCGGACCUCUUGGCUCUACAUCAAGCACUGGAAUUAGAGUAUUUGUAACUGUAUUCUCUAGCUGGGGAUCCAUUUUUUUUUAUAUAUAUAUUUCAAGUACACUGUAUUUUUAUGUGUGAUCCAAUGCCGCUGGCUUCUUCUACACAUAUUAAUGGUCUUAACGGAUGAAAUCAUACUUGGAAUGAAAACUCCAGAGUGAAGAAUUCAGGUUGCUGAAUGGAAUUAAACUUUAGUGCUACAGAAAGGAAGCUCUAUGGUCUUAUUGUCUUUACAAUACUUUCAUGGUUUAAAAAGUAAUAAUAACAAAAAUCUGUGGCAGUUGCUGACACGUAUCGAGUGAGUCCUAACAAGAAUUAACAGCUUUAGUAAAGAACUCGAACCCUCCCGAGCCACAGCACCUGCUCUGCCUCUGACAAGGUGGUUGAAAACAUUCCUCAAAAUGGGAGCUCUUCUCAACCCUGAGGUUUGAAUCGGACUUAUAGCCUACCUAGCCCAGAAAAUCUGAAUCAGAAUGCACUCAGACUGUAUAACGACAGUCCUAUCUAGACCUGUAAUUUGUGUAAAUUAUUGAUGGAAAUAAUUUACUGUGACUUUAUUAGCAGCUGACUCUGAAAGUGUUUGCAAUUUUUCUCUUUAUUUGUCAGGGUGGGGAAAGGGCUGGGGAAGUGGGAAUAUAAUAUUGUCUCUUUUAUAAGUUUGGCAAAGAGAAUGUUCAUACUGAUGUGUUGUGCCUUAAAGACAAGACAGCAUUUGUGUGUUACAAUGUAACUUUGAUUAAAGUCUCUGUAGUUAAUGAAAGACAAAAUCAAACAAACAAAUCAAACAAGCAAAACAAAAACCUGUAUGAUAAUUCCUCACAUGACCAAAUUUAAAAUUCAAGCUAUCAGUGUAAUAUGGAAACAUCAACAAACUGAGUAUUUGUUAAAAUGAGAAACCAGAAAAAACAAUAAUACAAGAAAGCUUGCAUUUUAAUUGGGUUCUAAAUGAUUCCAGUAUUCAGUAUAUGCCAAUUAUCUGAACACCCAAUCAUAAGCAGAUUUGGGAGACUAUGGGUUCUUUAUUUAGAGAAUGAAAUAUAUAUA